AAAAAAAAAAGAUAUACUUUUUUCACACACCAGUUUUUAAGCAAUAGCAAAACUAAAAAAAAGUCAGCCAGCUAGAAUUAAUCAGUGAUCAUCCAAACUGUUAAAAACGGCCAAAUCAAAUUAAAAAAAAAAAUCGAUUAUUAUUGACAGUCUUUGUGAUCUUAUUGGUUACGUUAUAGUCACCUGUGCACUCCACCUAUAUUAGUACUUCGUCUCCAAAUGUGGUACGAACUAACUUGAAAUUAGCCUAUUGAAUUUAUUAGAAUUGAUAAAUCUUUGGACGAGAUGGUGUCCACUCUUCAAAUCACCACAAUGUUCCCUAUCUAUUUUCGGCGACAAGUUGAAUAGGACUAUGCACUAAACUUAAACAUCAUUCGCUUCUACACUAAUAUUAAACUAUAAUAUAUAAUCAGCUAUCUGAUCGGCUAAAAUUCAAUACUUUUGGGUUCUUUAUCUACACGAGUACACGACACAACGGAUCAUUCACAUACGGCCGCUCAUAAAAUGAAUUCGUAAGUCCACGAAAACCUUAAUAAACUAUUUGAAAAUGAAAGAGUCAUGUGUCCGUCAAUUCUAGUACUUCUCUAUUCUGAUUUUUUUGCACAUAUAUAUUCGUGGUUAAAAGUUGUUGAUGCUACAUAAUGAUAAUCACCCACGUUACUCAUAUGAAUAAUAAACAAGUUGCAUAUUUUUUUUUUUUUUUGUUAGUUCAAUGCAUGCAUAAUGAUUUAUAAGUAUACACACAUAUGUAACAAUCUUUAACAAAAAAAACGAAUAUAUAUAUAUAACAAGAGGUGAAUAGUUUCGUGAAUAUUCAGGUUGAUACUAAGUUCUCUUUUUGUGGAUUCGACAAGUGUGAUGAGUGGAUAAAAAAUUGGAUGACGUCUUGAGUGGAUUGUAUAUGUACAAAUAUAUAAUGUAAGUGUAUACUUUUUGAUUCUUCGAAACUAUUUGGUUACAGCUUUCGGAUAUACAUGGUUCGGCUUGGACGUAAAAGUCUAUAUAUAAUUUGGUACAUAUUGAUACGUUUACAUAUAUACUUUUUAUUGGUACGAUACUUUAUGAUUCGUUAUCAAUAAAUUAAUACCACAUUGACGAGAACAUUCUCAUCAGUGAUCGUAGAUUAAUAAUCUAGCCAUCUUAUUUAUCAGAAUAUAUAAUCCAAAAAAUGCGACAUUAUUUUCCAUACGCAAGUGUUUACAACCAAUAGUCCAAUAUAUAAAUUAAUUAAGUAGGUAUGUAAUGUAACCAACGAAAUUACGACCUAAUCCAGUUUUGAUUACCUAGAACAAGACUAGUUAGCCACACAUAAUGGAUACGUACUCGAUAACAAUAAAAAAUAUAUAUUUUUAAAAGUGAUGCUUAAAUAACCAAUGGAUUGAAAUAUGCACUCGUAUAUUGCUUUUUGUGUCAGCACAAUUUGGCUAUAUAAGCAAGUACCCUCUUGUAGUGUAUAAUCAUUCACAGUCAUAACUAUACACUUGAAUACAUCAAAUACCAAGAAAGAGAAACUUAGAGAGAAAGAGAUAACAUGGCGAGUCAGAAAAUGUGGGGAGGGUUAAUGAACAGUGUGAAACCAUACUUAGCAAUGAUAUCUAUGCAAUUUGGUUAUGCCGGUAUGUACAUAAUUACCAUGGUCUCUCUUAAGCAUGGCAUGAACCAUUACGUCCUAGCCGUUUAUCGCCAUGCAAUUGCCACUGCCGUCAUCGCUCCGUUUGCUCUUUUUCAUGAAAGGAAAAUAAGGCCCAAGAUGACAUUCCGAAUAUUUCUCCAAAUUGCGCUGCUCGGUUUUAUUGAGCCGGUGCUGGAUCAGAACCUCUACUACGUCGGGAUGACUUACACGUCAGCAACUUUCGCUUCGGCUACCGCUAAUGUCCUUCCGGCCAUCACCUUCGUCUUGGCCAUUAUUUUCAGAUUAGAGAGCGUGAACUUUAAGAAGGUACGAAGCAUAGCCAAAGUUGUAGGAACGGUGAUCACAGUCUCCGGAGCACUUCUCAUGACUCUCUACAAAGGUCCAAUAAUUGACUUUAUAAGAUUCGGCGGUGGCGGAGGAGGAAGCAGUGACGGUGCCUCCCACAGUGGUGCAUCAGCGGCGGCGUUGGACAAACACUGGAUUCCGGGAACACUUAUGCUGUUGGGAAGAACUUUUGGUUGGGCCGGUUUCUUCAUUCUACAAUCGUUUACACUGAAGAAGUAUCCAGCUGAGCUGUCACUAACGACGUUAAUAUGUUUAAUGGGAACUUUAGAAGGAACCGCCGUCUCAUUGGUAACGGUACGUGACUUGAGUGCUUGGAAAAUCGGCUUCGACUCUAAUCUCUUCGCUGCUGCCUACUCCGGGGUGAUAUGUUCGGGUGUGGCGUAUUACGUGCAAGGAGUAGUAAUGAGAGAAAGAGGACCAGUUUUUGUUGCGACAUUUAAUCCACUUUGUGUCGUUAUAACUGCUGCUCUUGGUGUUGUUGUCUUGUCCGAAAGUAUUCAUCUCGGAAGUGUGAUUGGAACGUUAUUUAUAAUCGUGGGCCUAUACACUGUUGUAUGGGGUAAAGGCAAAGACAAAAGAAUGACGGAUGAUGACGAAAAUUGCAAAGGACUUCCGAUUAAAACUCCGGUUAAACAGGUAGAUACCGGUAAAGGCUUAGCCGGAGAACUGGAGAUGAAACCUAAGGAAGGUCAAGAGACUAAGGCUACUCAGGUUGAGAUUUGAGGAUGCUUAUGUGAUGAUGGAGACAUAAAUCAGUGUUUCUUUCUUUGUAUAUUUAAGUUUAUGUUUUUUGCUUUCCAAGGUUACAGAAAGAUUUUGGCAUAUCAGAUGUAAUAUGAUGAGAUGAAUCAAUCAUCUUAUAGUUUAACUAAAAGUUUUUGUGAGAUAUGCAACUUCAAAUAUUAUCAAAGAGAUCAAUAACCAAUGUUUUGGUUUUACUCA